GCCGGAAGAGGAUCGCAGUGCAGGGAGUAUGCGCAGACUGCACGCGAAGAGUUAAAACUUCGACUUUUACCCAAACUGUAUAUGUCCCGGACAGGACUGAAGGUCAGUGUCUCAGCGCAGGGAUGGCUCCACGGAUAGAUGAUGUCAUGCGUCUGUGCUGUGAAAUAUCCGCUCACGAUCAGAUCAAGGUGGCAGUGAAAAACUCCACCAAAGGAGCGCUGGCGGCAGGAGGAAUGGCGUUUGUAGGCGGGAUGCUUGGUGGACCUCCAGGGAUCGCUGUUGGUGGUGCAGUGGGGGGUCUGCUGGGCAGCUGGCUGACCAGCGGUCAGUUCCGGCCCCUGCCUCAGAUCCUGAUGGAGUUGCCCGCCGCCCAGAGACAGAAGCUCUACGAUGAUAUUGUGUCCGUCCUGGACAACAUGGACUGGAUGGACGCGGCCCAGCUCGUUUCCUUGGUGAUGGGCAACGUCACUCUGCAGCAGCAGGUCACCGCGGCGCUGCUGAGCUAUGUCACUAAGGAACUCAGAGCGGAGGUGCGCUAUAAGGACUGAGUCCCGCUACAGCUGGACUCUCAGGACGGCCACCAGAGACAGUUUCAUCUGUUUGUACUUCGCUGACACGUUUGAAUCCUGGAUGUUCUCUUUCGUGACCGUGCCAAAUGAAACACUUACCUUUUGUUAUCUUUGGAGUGAUAUCUUUACUAGCUCAUGUAAAGUUCUGAGUACUUCAUCUUCUGCUGCCUAACAGGAACACACCAUUGUUCAGUCACCAUGGAAACCUUAUAAUGGACAUUUAGUGACAUUAGCACAAAUAAUGUAUGUGUACGACACAGUCGAGUCUUUUUAAACUCUUAAAAGUGUGUCUGAAGAGUCAUAUACUCAGGAAUUAAAUGAAGUGCAUUUUCUUUAUUCCCACUCUCUGUAUCAGGGUGUUAUUAAUGUACCUUGGCUCAGGAAUUUCAAAUAAAAUACACUUUGAAGCUUU